UAUCAUCAAAAUGGCGUCUAAUGUGCCUGCGAGAUGCUGCACUGUGGGAGUCAAGCACAGUGGAGAUGCAGCCGGCGAAUAUCAGGACAUUGAUGGUGUUGAUACGUAUUUAUCAUAUCCUGAGGACAGGUCGACCAAGCAUGGAGUUAUCAUUCUCACGGACGUCAUUGGUCACCGAUUCAUCAACUCCCAGCUCAUUGCCGACCAAUUUGCGGCGAAUGGAUACUUCGUAGCGAUGCCUGAUCUGUUCCACGGCGACCCGGUCAAGCUCAAUAGGCCUGCGUCUUUUAAACUAAUGACCUGGCUGGAAGGACACCCGACCGAGAGGGUGGAUCCCGUUGUCGACUCUGUGAUUAAGCAUAUGCGCACAAAUUCUGGCUGCGAGAAAAUUGGAGCGGUCGGGUAUUGCUUUGGGGCAAAAUACGUUGUCCGAUUUCUGAGGCCCGAGGAGGGAAAGGCUGAUGUCGGAUAUAUCGCGCAUCCUGGCUUCGUUGAACUUGACGAACUCAGCGCGAUUACAGGCCCGUUGAGCAUUGCAGCCGCAGAGACUGAUGACAUCUUUCCAACAUCAAAACGGCACCAGUCAGAAGGCAUUCUCCGUGAUCGUCGUCAGCCAUACCAGAUCAAUCUCUACAGUGGAGUCGAGCAUGGGUUCGCCAUUCGCGCAGACCUGACCGAUAAGGCCAAGAAGUUUGCAAAGGAGCAGGCGUUCCUUCAAGCAGCCCAGUGGUUCGACGAAUUUAUCAAAUGAUAUUAUGCUUAUUAUUUCCCUGUCCUUUCCCAGCCUUCACUCUACUGCUCCUCAACGGUUUGGUUCCUACGAUCAAUCAGUCAAUAUGCUCUAAGUAGCUGUCUAAUCCCUGACUAUAAUGCGCCUACAAAUUUCAGAUUUCAACACACGUUACCCUUUUCCUCUUCACGUCGCUCUCCUGAAUCAUCCUCUCCGGUAACUUCACUCUUCCCAAGCUGCUAUUAUGGCGUCCACUGAGCAGAUAGUCAAGAAUGUAUCCCAUGCCUUAUUUGAGAUGGAGGACCGCGGUCAGUCGACGGACGAGUCAACAGAA